UUCUUAACGAUUUCCAAGGCAACGCGCCAAAAUGGCUACUCUCGAAAUACUUUCAAGUCCUAUCGAUUAUAAAUACAAAAGUAAAAUAUGUUCUUUAAGCUUUCUCGUCGUACUAUUUCUUAUAGUUUUAUCAUUGAUCACCCCUUUUUUUAUUAUUUCGAACACAGGAGGUUACUCAUUGAAAAAUCGUGUGCUAAUGGAGAAGCCUGAUGUAUCGUUUAACUAUAAAUAUAUUUUAUUAGCAAACAGAGAUUACAGUAUUAAUCCUAUAAUUUGUUCAACUUUUAAAACAUACAAGGAUAACGAAAUCAAGGACGACUGUAUAUUGAUAAAGGUUCGAGAAAUAGAUACAAAUAUAGAUGGUAGAAAGGACGUUUUAAAGUUUGAAGCACAAUUUUAUACAGACGAGCCUAUAAGAUCCCUUAAACUAUUACUUUUCUUCAAUUUCCAACUAAAGCAGUUAGUGGAGACGACGGUGGAAUCCAUUGCAUAUUUUACUCAUACGUUAAACGAAGAGGCGCAGAAAGUAUGUUUCUACGGUGAUUUGAUAUUGCAACAAAAGAGCGUGAUCACUAGCGAAGGUUUAUAUCAAACGUAUAAUCACAGUAUAGAAAUUGCUGACUAUUCCAUAGAUGAAUUACUGGUGGAAAAUUUUAAGAGAAAAUUUGCAGCUAAAAUAAGCGACAAAUAUGUAAUGGAAGAAUCGGGUCAUUCGAAUGAAAACUUAGUAGUUAUCCAAGGAGAACUAGUUUAUAGGGAUUAUUUGAUUCAUUAUCAACCUAGUAUUUGGGAAGAAUUGAAAUGGAUAUGGAUUCAAUAUUUAUCAUGCUUUCUGGUAUUUGCUUACGUAACUAAGCACGUGUUGGUUUUCUUAUUUUCAAAUCGAUAUUUAAAUUGUUAUAUUAUAAAGCCGUGGAAGAAUAAAUAGUAUCCGUAAGAAU